CCGCGGCGCAGCCCCGGGGACGCGGCUCGGCCCGGCGGCGCCGCCGCUCCCCCCCGGGACGGAGGCGGCACGAUGGGCGCCCUGGGCCUGGCCGUGGGGAUUUUCCAUUACCUGGGGCUCUACCUGCAGCUCGGCGCCGCCUCCCGGCCCCCCCCGUGGGACGCCCCGGCGGAGGGCAGCGCGCUGUUCACGGAGACCCCGCACGAUGUGACGGCGCAGGCGGGUGAGGACGUGGAGAUGGCGUGCUCCUUCCGCGGCAGCGGCUCCCCGUCGUACUCCCUUGAGAUCCAGUGGUGGUACGUCCGCACCCACAAGGACUGGACGGACAAACAGACGUGGGCUUCUGGCCAGCAGCUAAAAGCAUCACAGCAGGAGGAGGCUGGGAAGGACGCAACAAAAAUCAGCGUGGUGAAGGUGGUCGGCAGCAACAUCUCGCACAAACUGCGGCUGUCGCGGGUGAAGCCGGCGGAUGAAGGCACGUACGAGUGCCGCGUCAUCGACGCCAGCGAGGGCUCGGCGCGGCAGCACAAGGUGAAGGCGUAUCUGCGCGUGGAGGCGGCGCGCGGCGCCGGGCAUCCCCAGGACACGCAGCCACCCGGCCCGCAUCUGCAUCACCACCAGCACAAGGCCGGCAGGGAGCUCAGGAAGCGCGCGGCCGACGCCUCCUGCGUGCUGUAGGACUGCCGCUGCCCCACGGACUGACCUCGACGCUGGGCUCCACCCCCC